CUACUGCCACCGCUGAUCCGGCGGCAUCCCCGUCUCGCAAUGGCAACCCAACGAAUACGACACCUCCGACCUCUCCUCCGGCCGAUCUCACAUCUCCACCCCACUUCGCCGCCACCAUGCAAGCCCUUCAGCACUUCCGCCCCAUCGCUCGCCGUGCGCAGCACCGGCCCCUCUCCCACCGUCAACCACAACGCGCAGCGCUUCCGCAGCAGACAGAAGGAGCACCCAGAAGCGUACAAGAUUGCGCUGAUCGUGCCGAUCGAGUACGUGUUGUCGGCGCACAAAGCGAAGCAGAUCCCGUUCCGCCCACAGACGUUCUACAAAGUGAUCGAGGCCAGCCUGCCGCACACGGGUUCGCGGCCGUCGCGAGCCUUCGGCGAGUUCAUUUGCCGCGAGUUCGCGAUGUCCGCCAAAGACUUUGGUGCGAUAGCGGUGUUCUUGGUGAAGACGCUGCCGCAUGUCAAUGGCAGGGAUAUGGAUGAGGGGAAGAGGAAUGUGAGGCUGGAGCUCAUGUAUACGAUAUUGCAUUCGGCGGCUCUGUUGGGUGAUCCUGCGGCGGUUGUCCUGCAUUUUCAGCUGCUGGAUGGGAUCACGAGGAAGCUUGGGAGGAAGACGGAACAGGUGGAGGCCCACGAGGCGUUCCAGCGCGUGCAGGAGGUGGCGAGGCUGGGGAAUUCGGCUGCGCUGGCGGUUGUGGCGUCGACGCUGGAGCUGAAGGGGGAUAGGAAGGGUGCGCUCGAGGCGUAUCUCAAGUGUGGUGAGGCGGGGGAUGGAGAUGGUUAUGCGCACGGUGGUCAGCUGGUGAAGACUUUGAAGGGCGAUCGCGAGGAGGCGAUGAGGCUGUGGAGGAAGGGCGCUGUGUCACUGGAUUCGGCGAAGUGCUACUACAACCUCUCGCUCGAGAUCGACCCGAAGGAUCCCGAGCAUGAGAAGUUCAUGCUCAAGGCGGCGGCGAGUGGGGUGCGGGGUGCGGCGCAUAAUCUGGGCUUCUAUUACAGCAAGCUCGCGGAGAAGAAGAAUAUCCCGCUCGCCAAAGAGUGGUAUUGUGUCAGUCAGGGGGAGGGAAUGGUGGAGAGCGUGUAUAAUUUGCUCGCGCUGCUGAAGAAGGAGGGCAAAACUGAGGAACUAUCGACGUGGGUGGGGGCGGACAUGUUUGUGAAAGCAAAGCUCAGCGAUGUGCAGGAGCUCAAGGCUAGAGAACGCUUUGCAGGGCCGAACCCGGGGCAGGCGGCAAUCCAAUAAAUAUCAGGUUGCCUAUCACUUGCACGCAUGUCCAUGAGAUCUCACUCGUGAAUGCUGAGCCUCCACAGGCGACACUAUUGGGGGAGAGUCGCCAAACUAGAGACAGGUUGGCAAGAUCAAUUGGGAUCGUCAUGUAUGUUGAACACGAUCACUACUAUGUUUUAGAUAUAACGAAG